CGGGCGGAGGGCCCCUCGUGUUUAGCUAACUCCGUAGCCAGAAAGAAAGUUAAAACAGGUACACCACCCAAAAAAAUCAGACAAGACCUCGCAUAACCACCCCUUUCCUCUUCCGUCUUCUCCCGUCUCAGGAAGCCUCUCGCGUGGUAUUCCUCUGUCUCCUCCUCCUCCUCCUCCUCCUCCGACCAUGUCCGCCAUGUGGUCAAAACCGUGCCUGAACAAGAACAACGCCAACACCGCCGCCAGCAACGGCAGCAACCCCGAGAACAGCGGCGUCGCGGUCGUUGCCUAUUCCUUGUCAUCCCCUCUGCCCUUCUCCCCGCUCUCUCCCAUCCCCACGGCCUCAUCGGCCUCGAUCAAGUCCAUGGAAGACAUCUGGAAGGACAUCAACCUCGCCUUCCUCAAGGACACUCCCGGCCACUGCCCGCCCGCCUCCCCCGCGGCCAUCUCCACUUCCGUCGACGGCGUCGUCGGCUUGCAGGGCGCCGCCCUCACCAACUUCUUGGCCGGCCCGGCCAGAGAUUAUUCGCCCCGGGGAUCCGCCUUCGGGUCUGACGUCCCGGCCACCAGAUUGAGCCUGAACAGCACAGGGCCUGAUGAUCAGGGCGUUGCUGCUGCGGGACGGGUUCAAGUGCCGUCUGGUCGCCGCCGCGGCGUCGGCCCUGAGGCGCCUCCUUUGGUUACAGGGUUUUCUCCUUUGCGCGUGAAGAGUAUCUCCGACAUUGGCGGCGGUAGUGACCGGCGCGAUCGCAAAUUCAAGCGCUCGGUCAAGAACAGAGAGUCCGCUGCGCGUUCCAGAGCUAGAAGACAGGCGUAUACAUCGGGGCUGGAGAUCGAGAUCGCCCAUUUGCAGAAAGAGAAUGCUAAGCUGAGAAGACAGCAAGAAAAGCUCCGCUUGGCACCUCCUCCUGAGAUUCCAAAGAAGAAGAGACUCCAGAGGACCUUCACAGCCCCAUUUUAAGAAGGCAUGGCGCUCUCUCUCUAUCAUACCCGCACUGCUGCUUUCAUGUUGACUCUCGCUGAAUAUCUCCACACACAGAGAGAGAGAGAGAGAGAGAGAGAGAGAACGGGAAGGUUGAAUGGAUCUUUUUUACCUCAUGGACACAUCCCAAUCAAGUGGCUGCAGAAAAAGGGCGAGGUACAAGGUUCUAGAUACUCGAGAAAUGCCCCGGGGGACCCCAUGAAGUUUGUUUCUCUCUCUUCUUGACUUAAAAAGAAAAAGUAUCUAUUCCUCGUCUUUUUUCUUGUUUUGUCCUUUGCGCGCGAGAUGCUGAUGAUGUGGGAAGAAAAUUUUACUAAUCGAUUUGUAAAUCAAAGUCCAAAUGCUUAGGGUUGUGCUA